AUGGCCACCAAAGAAUAUGCCGACGGUAGCCAGACGGCCAUCGAGAAGCUUGAGGCUAAACGCGCCGGCCACUUCGUGCUAGGCCCCAUCUUUGAAGACCCCUCUGCCACUCAGUACCUGAAAGACUUCCCUGCUCACCCAGGUGAGCGCCUUCUAUUCCGUAAGGGAAUACCAACCACCCUAAAGUACAAACCUGCUGUCGUGAAGCGACACUGGGCCGGCCAUUACCCCGAGUGGAACGAUUGGGUAAAGAGGAUGUCUGCCGCCAAGGAGACGGUUUGGAAAGAGCUUGGCAUCUAUGACGCCGUUCUUAUGUCCACCGUUCACUACCCCUAUGACACCGACUUUCUCCAUGCUGCACUCCAUUUUUGGUCACGCUCGACCAACUACUUCCACUUUAGCUUCAGGAUGAUGGGGCCAACCCUUCUGGACAUAGGGGCUCUCCUAGGCUUGAAGUCUGCCAGAGCGGAAAUCAACGACAGCUCCGACUGUUCCAGGGUUAAUUGGGACCUGAACCUCAUAAAAAAUGCCAGCUACACCUCCUACCUUUAUCAAUGCCGGAAGCUAAGCGGCCCGGUAAGCAAACAAGAGUAUGUUGCUUUUCUGUUGUCUUGGAUCUAUCAUUGCCUUAUUUGUACUCGAGCCGACAAGAUCACUAAGGCCUACCUCGGCCUUGCCAACACUUUGGCCUCUGGCCGUCUCAUGAAUCUUGCAGCGUUUGUUCUCUCUUCCCUGUAUAGAGGAUGCAAUGAUUUGGUUGAAUCUAGCUUCGCCCAUGGCGGAGGCUCAUUCUGGGUCCUGCAGUUGUGGCUGAGUGCCUACUUCCCAGAGUUCAAUCCAACCCCCUUGGCCGAUGAGUUCCCGGCCGUUGGUUUCAAGUUACUCCGACCACGGUUGUUGCACUCGGCCACAGAGUGCUUUAAUCUCUUUUUCCAUCUUAAGGAUGUCCAUCCUUCGGCCUCUUUUACUCCGUUCCAUUAUUUUAAUAGUUUGUCCGGCUGGCUUGGUGAAGCUAUUGCUAAUCCGGUUGCCCACGGGGAUCUCUGGGGCUCUUAUUUGACUUGCCGAGACCUCCACUAUGGAGUGUUCCUCGAACACAAUAAGAACAGCAUGUGCAGUACAGAGCCCUAUAACCCUCAGUUUUUGGCCCGCUAG